GAGGCUGUGUCGCGUGGCCCAGCGUCGGCGUGACGGUUGGACGCGGGCGCGGCACUGCGGGUCCCGAUUGCUGCAGCCGCUUGUCAGUGUGAUGAAGAUUGGCACCCAGGUGCUGGGCUAGAGUGGGGCAUGUCUUGUGGAGGACUCAGCUCAUCUGUCUCCAUGCGUACCCACUGUGCCCUGAUGAGGACCAAGUGAUUCCAGCCAGGCUCCUCUGCUCAGUGUCCGAGAAGGUAUCUGAGACGCGUCUGCAUCCUGAGACGUCCUGCCUUGUUUCGCUCCCACGCCAUGGAGCUGUUCUUAGCUGUUUGCUCAUCUCGGGACCUGCGGCUCUGUUCCAGCUGCUCAGACACCAUCCGAUUCUGACUCAAGAUGAUCUGAUAUCUGAAGUGAACUGUCAUCAACCAUGAUGGCUACACAGACGUUAAGUAUAGACAGCUAUCAAGAUGGACAGCAAAUGCAGGUGGUAACAGAGUUAAAAACAGAGCAAGAUCCCAACUGCUCUGACCCGGAUGCAGAAGGAGUGAGUCCUCCUCCCAUCGAGUCUCAGACCCCAAUGGAUGCUGACAAGCAGGCCAUUUAUAGGCAUCCACUAUUUCCAUUGCUUGCCUUGUUGUUUGAGAAAUGUGAGCAGUCCACACAGGGCUCGGAAGGCACAACGUCCGCCAGCUUUGAUGUGGACAUUGAGAACUUUGUCAGGAAGCAGGAGAAGGAUGGGAAGCCGUUCUUCUGUGAAGAUCCGGAAACCGACAACCUAAUGGUGAAAGCAAUCCAGGUCCUGCGUAUUCAUCUUCUUGAAUUGGAAAAGGUUAAUGAACUCUGUAAAGAUUUCUGUAGUCGGUACAUUGCUUGUCUGAAGACAAAAAUGAACAGCGAGACCCUCUUGAGUGGGGAGCCUGGGAGCCCUUACUCCCCCGUGCAGUCCCAGCAGAUUCAAAGCGCCAUCACAGGCACGCUCAGCCCCCAGGGAAUCGUGGUGCCAGCAUCAGCCCUGCAACAGGGAAAUGUAACCAUGACAACAGUGGCAGGUGGCACAGUGUACCAGCCUGUCACCGUCGUCACUCCACAAGGUCAAGUGGUCACACAGGCAUUGUCUCCAGGGACAAUUAGGAUCCAGAACUCCCAGCUUCAGUUGCAGUUGAAUCAAGAUCUCAGCAUCUUGCAUCAAGAGGAUGGCUCCUCCAAGAACAAGAGGGGCGUCCUGCCGAAGCAUGCCACCAAUGUCAUGCGGUCCUGGCUCUUUCAGCACAUAGGGCAUCCCUACCCAACAGAGGAUGAGAAAAAGCAGAUUGCUGCUCAGACAAAUUUGACACUGCUUCAAGUCAACAACUGGUUCAUCAAUGCCCGAAGACGAAUUCUCCAGCCAAUGUUGGAUUCCAGCUGUUCAGAGACUCCGAAAACAAAGAAAAAGCCUGCUCAGAACAGGCCAGUUCAGAGGUUUUGGCCGGAUUCUCUUGCAUCAGGAGUGGCACAAGCAACAUCCAGUGAACUCGCCAUGUCAGAAGGUGCCGUUGUGACCAUCACCACACCUGUGAACAUGAACGUGGACAGCCUUCAGUCCCUGUCCUCGGACGGGGCCACCUUGGCCGUACAGCAGGUCAUGAUGGCGGGGCAGAGUGAAGAUGAGUCGGUUGACAGCACGGAGGAUGAUGGGGGCGCACUGGCGCCGACGCACAUCAGCGGGCUGGUGCUGGAGAACAGCGACUCCCUGCAGUAGGACUGAUGCCAGCAGGGCCAGCGUGGGGCCGGAGAACCUGACUCUUGUUUGCACAGCAAACAUUUUACAGUUUUCUUUGUAAUAUGUUUUAUAUGUAGAUAGAGAAGAGUGCACUUUUGUAUUUCACAGCAAGCUUCAAGAUGUCUUCGCUGGUGCAGCAACUUCCUUCAGAUGUGCGUGUGUGGGUUUUUAAUGCUAGAAACGUGAUGAGUGGCCCCUGCCCCUUGGGUGAGUCCCUGACAAGAUUAAGGAGCGGUGCUGCCAUCGUCUAAACAAUUAUGCAGUUGCGCUCUGUGGGCGACAGCAAGUCUGGGGCUGCUGCUUGUGUCGCUCUCAGGUCUGAAAGAUGAUCUGCACUUGGGCUGCAGGGCGAGAGAACCCGGCCCUGGUGGGCGGUGAACGCCCACAGCACACUUCAUUCUCUUUGGGCAGCAUCGCCUGUUUCAUUUGCUACAUAGAAAAAGAAACUCCUAUUUUUACCUUGCUGGGAUUAUUGGAUAAAAAGCUAUUUUUAUAAAUCAAUUAUUAAUUGGAUUAUGACUAUAUUGAGGAUAAAUUUCUAGAGAAGGAACAGCACAUGCUUGUCUCUCGAUUUGGAAUGUUCUGAAAGGCAGCCGCCCAUGUGUGGUCUCCUGCUCCCCUGGGGAGGGGAGGUUCACCAUAACCGCUAAAAGGAAACAACCGUCAAGUGAACUUUUGAUAUCUCCAGUUUUGUGUUCAUAUGUGAUACUCAGAUCACAUUUUACACUUGAUCUAGGCAUCUUACAGCGUGCACUCAGUAGGAUGUAUGGGAAGUGAGGGCCGCCACCAUGCAGUGCCCUUCGUGUGUCGUAGCUCUCUGCCAUGCCUAGUCCAACCUGACUGCAGUUACAUGGCUGCCUGGCCAUGUCAACUGGGUGGUAAUUUUAGAUUUUUUUUUUAGUUAAAACAUGUUAUACAUAGAAUGUUUAUUAUAAACUAAUAUAAAAUGUGCUCUACCCCACUGGCUCAGAGCUGGGGUAAUCUCAAACACCCAAGCUGUCUUACAGAAUGGGCAGGCAUCUGGAGGUUAGAACCCUGGGGGUAUGGUUGGCUCACAGGCGUGUGUGGCUCUCUUGCUGUCACACACUUUUGUUGCAUGUUGCUGCCUCCAUUUUUAGGGUCCCCCCCUUCCAGUUACCACUCAUGAGUUAGGACAGUUUGGGGACUUCAUUUCCUGGUGUCGAGACAGUGCAGACUGUAGACUGAGGUUUGAGGUUUGCUCUUGGAUUACUUGGGAGGCUUUGUCUCUGAAAACAAGUUCCCUGCUUUGUUUGGAGCAGGUGUAUUAUCACAAAUGGUACCCAGGCCAGGCCCACUGCAGAUAAGGACAGCUGUGCGGUUGUCAAGGGUACCAAGCCUUGAACCAAGAUUACUCUAGAGGGACACCUUUAGCUAAUUCACGUGUUUUUGUUUUUGUUUUCCUGGAGUGGUUCACUGUCCCCCCCCCAUGUCUUGAUUCCGUUCAGCCGUGGAGCAUACUUGGACAACCAAGUAAUCAACAGGAAGAAUGGGUCUCCUUUCAAACCAUUUAAGGAGCCUGCACUACAAAAACCAAAACAACAAAAUAUUUUAAGCAGCCUUUCCAUUACUUAUUUAUACGUUGAAUAUUUUAAGUCAGGUAUAUGAAAGAAUGGCUGUAUUGGGUUUCAAGCAGAAACACAUCUCCCUGUGAGCUCCUGCCAAGGUCUGCCACUCUCCCCAAAAGAAGAUAAUUCCUGCUGUCCUGCUCAUGUCAGGCUGCUCUAGCUGGGAUUUGAACACCAUGAUGCAGCAUGCCCUUCCCAGUGGAAAUCAGCUUUCCUAACUGGGAACUCUCACCUGCUAAAUUCAAAGGGAUAGCAUGAAGACCAUAAGAGAACCUGGGCAUAGUGGCACACUUCUGUAAUCCCAGUACUCAGGAACUUGAGACAGGAGGCAAGCCUGGGCUGUAUAACCUGACCCUGUCUGAAAAAAGAUGGUAAGAGCUGGCUCAGAGUCAUAGCCUGAGUUUCCAUCUACCUCCCAUGCAUACUGAGAUGCUUUUAAGUAGCUCCAUGAGCAAGCCAUUCUGGUUCAUUGAAUUACCGCCCAGCGUUUUGUUGUCUGUCAGUUGCACCUUCAAGACACCUGCUUCCUGGGCAUUUUGACAUGUGCCUGGAAUACAAGCACUUAGGAGGCUGGAGCAGGAGGAUUGCUGCAAGGUUGAGACCAGUCUCUGGUGCACAGUGAAACGCUGUCUCAAAAACCCAGGCAAAACUCCUGCUCUCCUUUCCUUGGCCUGUGGAGAAAAUCUGGAAGUCCAUCUCCUUUGAGCUUUGUUUAAAUGGUCAGAUUCCAGCUUUCGUUCCUGUUAAAGUCCUUCCUAACAUUGGAGCCUUUUGAAUGUGCCCUGAGACCUACAGUCAACCUGUGUCAUUCCUGCUGUUUGGCUGCCUAGCAGAAAUCUAGACUGGCUGACCACCCAUCUGGUGGGCUCAGGUUUCUCCUUUUUGAGUCCAGAUUGUCAAAUACAAGUGUAUAUGCAAUAUGCACUGUGACCCUUCCGGCUAGGGCUGACGGGCCGCUGCGUAGCCUGCUGAGUGGCUGGUGCACCUGUGGGGGCUGUUGGAGACGUGCCCCUCUCUGCAUAGCUCCCACACAGGCAGGGAAUGCCCGUCCUGAAGGCUUCGCCCACAGGUGGCAACAGAACUCGGCAGGCUGCCUUUUUCAGUUAAGUUCGGUCUUUGAAACUGACAAUCUUUAAAAUGUGAAUACUGUAACAAUAUGUUUUCUCGGAUUGUUGUCUUUAAAAGGAUUUUUGUGAAGCAAUUGAUUUAUCAAAGAAAAAAAUUAAAAACAAAACAUGCCUUGUG